CUUGGAUCCUGGCUAUUGCAAGGAGGGUACUUGCUGCCAACGAGAGUGCAUGAGAUUGUGAUGUCCAAGACCAACGGCAGCAAGGAUGAUUUCAAUGACAUGGAUGACAAUGAACCAGCUCAGCGAGCCAUGCAGAAGGGGCCCAAGAAAUUUUUCAAGCUCACCUUUAUCAUCUACGGGGAUCGCGAUGAAGUAGAGCCCAUUCUUGGAAUCGCUUCGGGGCUGAAGAAAGCUGGACACGAUGUUCUCUUUAUCUCUCACCACUCCUACAAGGGACUUGUCGAGCAAUGGGGCCUUCGAUUCGGCCCUGGAAAUCCUUACAAUCCUCAGCAGCAGUAUGCGACAGAGUACUCUUCAAUGAUCAUGGCAGGCCAGAGCGGAGAUCUGAUGUUGUCGAAGAUGAUACAUCUCAACAACAACUUCAAGCUCAUAGAAGAAGCCACGCUCACUUGCAUCAAGAGAAUGACAGAUAUCAUUCUGUGCAACUCCUUGGCGACAGUGGUUGGGUUGGCUGUGGCCAGGAGGUUGAAAUUGCCCUUCAUGGGAGUGUUCACGACUCCAGAGACGCCGACUGAGGCAUGGCCGUACAUGCCGCACGGGGGAGGGAAGGGAACGUUUGGCUGGUCGAAUCUCAUGACUUAUUCUGUGGCUCUGAGAGCUCAGUGGAUGGCCCUCCGAAAGACUGUCUGCGAGUGGCACCAGAAGCGCGUUGGAGUGCAGCGAAUCGACGAUGGAUGGAGAAACUUGGCGUUCUUGCACCAUCAGGACUUUCCCGUCAUGCAUGGCUUCAGCCCAAAGAUCCUCGGCAAGCCUGCAGACUGGGGUCGCUGGAUCCAUCCCGUGGGGUUCUGGGUGCCUCCAGUCCUGCCUGGCUGGACCCCCUCUGACGAUCUCUCCCGCUUCCUCGCUGCCGGGCCUCCUCCUGUCUUGAUUUCGUUUGGCAGCAUGACGUGUGCUGAUGAGGAGGGACUGGCUGCAAUCGGCCUGGAGGCCGCCAGGCUCGCAGGCAUCCGCGUGAUUCUUGUUUCAGAGUGGCCAGGGUUCACAGCGAACCCCCGCAAGGUGCCUCGCCUGCACCAGAAGAAGAGAAUAUGUGGAGUGGUCACAGGCACAGCCAACGGUGAAGGUGCUCCUGUCGAGCUGCCAAGCAACGUCCUCAUCGUCGACCGAUCAGUUCCGAUCCAGUAUCUCCUGUCCCAGUGCACGCUCGUCGCGCACUCCGGCUGCACGCUGUGGACCGGCGCUUCCUUGAAGGCUGGGGUGCCUUGCGUCCCAUGUCCCUUCGUGGCGGAGCAGAGGUUCUGGAGCGUUCACCUGCAGGAGCUGGGAGUUGCCUCGAGCUCCUUGCCUGUCGAGAAACUCUCGGGCGAUGCGCUGGCGUCAGCCAUCACGGCGGCGCUGGCCAACGGCGAACUAUCACAAAGAGCCAAAGAAGUCCAGAAGAUGCUCAACAGUGACAACGGAGUCCACCAGGCUGUAGACCUCAUCUCGAGGUUCAUGCAGAGGCCAUGGGACAGGACGGCGAUGCAGAUCUUGCCGCGCAGAGAAGGGGACCUUGAGAUGCAGGAAGGCAAAGUCUUCAAGACCUGGACAAGAUACAAGUUUGUUCUCAAGGAUCACUGCCUCGAAUAUCACCGCUAUCUUCCUACGGGGCUGCAUGACCCCCAGGUGAUGGCAACUUUCUUGAUCCCGGACGCGGAGAUUGUUGAGCAUUCAGAUGCAAGCGGGCAGCAGCAAUUUUGUAUAGAGAUAAAGGACUCCAAGGGAAAGAGGAUGGCUCUCCUUGCCGCUACCAACGCGAGGGAGCAGGAUUCUUGGAUCCAGGCGCUCAAGGACGUAUCCGCGUCAUGGGAGACCGGAGCGAAUGUCGGGGGCGGCUGGAGCACAAACAUCUCCUCGAAACUUCGAGACGCUGAUUUCGAUGACACUGGCGCUCUGAUUUCCAAGGCAACAAAGGCGCUGUCGUUGGAGGACACAAACAGAAAGAAUUCUAGGCCAGUAAAGUGAAGCAAAACAGUAAAAUGAAGCUCAUGCUAUUG